ACUGUGUCCUUCCCCUGCAGAUCCAAGGCGGAGAUGGGCCACACGUGCCGCGGCACCAUCAACCUGGCCACGGCCAACAUCAGCGUGGAGGAUUCCUGCAAUUUCAUCAUCUCCAACGGCGGAGCCCAGACCUACCACCUCAAGGCCAGCUCCGAGGUGGAGCGGCAGCGCUGGGUCACCGCCCUCGAGCUCGCCAAGGCCAAGGCUGUCAAGAUGCUGGAGGAGUCAGAUGACUCCGGUGACGAGUCGGUGUCGCAGACGGACAAGACGGAGCUGCAGAACACCCUGAAGAUUUUAUCCAGCAAGGUGGAGGACCUGAGCACCUGCAACGACCUGAUCGCCAAGCACGGCACGGCCCUGCAGCGCUCCCUCAGCGAGCUCGAGGCCCUGCGGCUCCCCCCGGAGAGCACGGACAAGAUCAAGCAGGUCAAUGAGCGGGCCACGCUCUUCCGCAUCACCUCCAACGCCAUGAUCAACGCCUGCCGGGAUUUCAUGCUCCUGGCACAAACGCAUGGGAAGAAGUGGCAGAAGUCGCUGCAGCAGGAGCGGGACCAGCGGAUCCGGCUGGAGGAGACGCUGGAGCAGCUGGCCAAGCAGCACAACCACCUGGAAAGGGCUUUCCGGGGGGCCACGGUGCUCCCCGCCAGCACGCCCGGCACUGCAGGCUCUGGCAAAGAUCUGUGCUGCCCUGCCAAAGGCGACCUGAGUGACGAGGACGACGACAAUAACGAGUUCUUUGACGCCCCGGAGAUCUUCCCCAUGCCCGAUGUCAUGGGCCACAAGAGAACUGGGAGCAACAUCAGCGGCACCAGCAGUGACAUCAGCCUGGAUGAGCAGUACAAGCACCAGGUUGAGGACACCAAGAAGGAAAAGAGGACCCGCAUUCCCUACAAACCCAACUACAGCCUCAACCUCUGGAGCAUCAUGAAGAACUGCAUCGGGAAGGAGCUGUCCAAGAUUCCCAUGCCUGUGAAUUUCAACGAGCCGCUGUCCAUGCUGCAGCGGCUGACGGAGGACCUGGAGUACCACGAGCUGCUGGAUCGGGCGGCGCGGUGCGAGAGCUCCCUGGAGCAGCUGUGCUAUGUGGCCGCUUUCACCGUCUCCUCCUACUCCACCACCGUCUUCCGCACCAGCAAACCCUUCAACCCGCUCCUGGGGGAGACCUUCGAGCUGGAUCGCCUGGAGGAGAACGGAUACCGCUCCCUCUGCGAGCAGGUGAGCCACCACCCGCCGGCCGCCGCCCACCACGCCGACUCCAAGAACGGCUGGACGCUGCGCCAGGAGAUCAAAAUCACCAGCAAAUUCCGAGGGAAAUACCUCUCCAUCAUGCCUCUGGGCACCAUCCACUGCGUCUUCCACUCCUCCGGCAACCACUACACGUGGAAAAAAGUGACGACCACCGUGCACAACAUCAUCGUGGGGAAGCUCUGGAUAGACCAGUCAGGUGAGAUCGAGAUCGUCAACCACAAGACAGGGGACAAGUGCAUCCUCAAGUUUGUCCCUUACAGCUACUUCUCCCGGGAUGUGGCGAGGAAGGUGACCGGGGAGGUGAUGGACCCCUCGGGAAAGGUGCAUUUUGCCCUGCUGGGCACGUGGGACGAGAAGAUGGAUUGCUACAAGGUCCAGCUGGGAGCAGGGGAGAACGUAGCCGAGGCGCGGCCACGAGCCCACGAGGCUGAGGACAGCCGGGUGCUGCUGUGGAAGCGGAACCCGCUGCCGUGAGUG